AUGCCUAAGAAGAAAACUGGUCAGCGAAAAAAGGCGGAGAAGCAGAAGAUGAGGCAGAAAGAAAUCCGUAAUGCCCGCGAGCACGUCGACUUGGCGCAGCAUCCGUGCAAUGUGCCCAUGGACUGCGACAAAUGCUUGAAAAAGCAGAAGAACCGUGCCUUCUGUUACUUCUGCCAGGCAGUUCAGCGGCUGCCUACAUGUGCACACUGUGGUAAAGUGAAGUGCAUGCUCAAAUCUGGAGACUGUGUUGUCAGACACCCUGGAGUUUUCACCACAGGCCUAGGCAUGGUGGGGGCGAUCUGCGACUUCUGCGAGGCGUGGGUGUGCCACGGGCGCAAGUGCCUCACGUCGCACGCGUGCACUUGCCCGCUCAUGGACGCCGUGUGCCUUGAGUGCGAGCGCGGCGUGUGGGAGCACGGCGGUCGCGUGUUCCGGUGCUGCUUCUGCUCGGGGUUCCUGUGCGAGGACGACCAGUUCGAGCACCAGGCGUCGUGCCAGGUGCUGGAGUCGGAGACGUACAAAUGCCAGUCGUGCAACCGCCUGGGCCAGUACUCGUGCCUGCGCUGCAAGACGUGCUUCUGCGACGAGCACGUGCGGCGGCGCGGCGUGCGGCCGGAGCGUCGCGCCGCCCCGCCCUGCCCGCGCUGCGCCUACCCCACGCACCUCACCGCCGACCUCAGCAUGUCCACGCGCUCGCACCGCUACGGCCGCCAGGGCGCCGCCGCCGCCGACGAAGAAGAUUACGGCUACUCAGGCGAGGGCGAGGAGGCUGGCGCUGAAGGCGGCGACUACUCGUACUCUUGCUCCGAGUCCGAGGAAGAUUCCGACGAGGAGGAGAGCUCGGAGGAGGGUUCCGAAGAGGAAGAAGCUGCACCCACUACGUCUGAAAGUGGCAAAACCAAGUGA